GCUUUGGGCGAUUGCAGCCGGCGGUCGGUCCGCCGGUCGGCGGCUGUGUGGGUAGCCGCCAGGUCGGCGGGGGCGGAGACGCGGGAGGUUGAUGGGGGUCGCCUCAACCUCGGCCUCAACCUGUAGCACAGCUUCAGCCACGCAAACGGAGAUGGUGCCCUGGGUGCGGACGAUGGGGGAGAAGCUGAAGCAGCGGCUCCGGCUCGACGUAGGACGCGAGAUCUGCCGCCAGUACCCGCUGUUCUGCUUCCUGUUGCUCUGCCUCAGCGUCGCCUCCCUACUUCUCAACAGGUAUCUUCAUGUUUUAAUGAUCUUCUGGUCAUUUGUUGCUGGAGUUGUUACCUUCUAUUGCUCAUUGGGACCAGAUUCUCUCUUACCAAAUAUAUUCUUCACAAUAAAAUACAAACCCAAGCAGUUAGGACUUCAAGAAUUAUUUCCUCAAGGUCGUAGCUGUGCUGUUUGUGGUAAAGUGAAAUGUAAACGACAUAGGCCUUCCUUACUACUUGAAAACUACCAGCCAUGGCUAGAUUUGAAAAUUUCUUCCAAGGUUGAUGCAUCUCUCUCAGAGGUUCUUGAAUUAGUGUUGGAAAACUUUGUUUAUCCGUGGUACAGGGAUGUAACAGAUGAUGAGUCCUUUGUUGAUGAACUGAGAAUUACAUUACGGUUUUUUGCAUCUGUCUUAAUUCGAAGGAUUCACAAGGUGGAUAUUCCAUCUAUUAUAACCAAGAAACUGUUAAAAGCAGCAAUGAAGCAUAUAGAAGUGAUAGUUAAAGCCAGUCAGAAAGUAGAAAAUACAGAGUUUUUACAGCAAGCUGCUUUAGAAGAAUAUGGUCCAGAGCUUCAUGUGGCUUUGAGGAGUCGAAGAGAUGAAUUACACUAUUUAAGGAAACUCACUGAACUACUUUUUCCUUAUAUUUUGCCUCCUAAAGCAACAGACUGCAGAUCCCUGACCUUACUUUUAAGAGAGAUCCUGUCUGGUUCAGUGUUCCUUCCAUCUUUGGAUUUCCUAGCUGAUCCAGAUACUGUGAAUCAUUUGCUUAUCAUCUUCAUAGAUGACAGUCCACCUGAAAAAGCAACUGAACUGCCUUCCCCUUUGGUUCCAUUCUUGCAGAAAUUUGCAGAACCUAGAAAUAAAAAGCCAUCUGUGCUGAAGUUAGAAUUGAAGCAAAUCAGAGAGCAGCAAGAUCUCUUAUUUCGUUUUAUGAACUUUCUGAAACAAGAAGGAGCAGUGCAUGUAUUGCAGAUAUGUCUGACUGUGGAGGAAUUCAAUGAUAGAAUUUUGCGACCAGAGUUGUCAAAUGAUGAAAUGCUGUCUCUUCAUGAAGAGUUGCAGAAGAUUUAUAAAACCUAUUGUUUGGAUGAAAGUAUUGACAAAAUUCGAUUUGAUCCCUUUAUUGUAGAAGAGAUUCAAAAGAUUGCUGAAGGCCCUUAUAUAGAUGUUGUGAAACUUCAAACUAUGAGAUGCCUUUUUGAAGCAUAUGAACAUGUACUGUCUCUCUUAGAGAAUGUGUUUACACCUAUGUUCUGCCACAGUGAUGAGUAUUUCAGGCAACUUUUAAGAGGUGCAGAAUCACCAACACGCAAUUCAAAAUUGAACAGAGGUAGCCUAAGUUUGGAUGAUUUUCGGAGCACACAGAAGAGAGGAGAAUCAUUUGGAAUCAGCAGAAUAGGUAGCAAAAUUAAAGGAGUAUUCAAAAGUACCACAAUGGAGGGAGCUAUGUUGCCUAAUUAUGGGUUAGCCGAAGGUGAAGAUGACUUUAUUGAAGAAGGUAUUGUUGUAAUGGAAGAUGAUUCUCCAGUGGAAGCUGUGAGCACACCUAAUACUCCCCGAAACCUUGCUGCAUGGAAAAUUAGCAUUCCAUAUGUAGACUUUUUUGAAGAUCCCUCCUCUGAAAGGAAGGAGAAGAAGGAGAGAAUACCUGUGUUUUGUAUUGAUGUUGAAAGAAAUGAUAGAAGAGCAGUUGGGCAUGAGCCUGAACAUUGGUCUGUCUAUAGAAGAUAUCUUGAAUUCUAUGUACUUGAAUCAAAACUAACAGAGUUUCAUGGCACAUUUCCUGAUGCCCAGCUUCCUUCCAAGAGGAUCAUUGGCCCCAAAAAUUAUGAAUUCUUAAAGUCAAAGAGAGAAGAAUUUCAGGAAUAUCUACAGAAACUUCUGCAGCACCCAGAACUGAGUAAUAGUCAACUUCUGGCGGAUUUUCUCUCCCCCAAUGGCGGGGAAACACAAUUUCUUGAUAAGAUACUACCAGAUGUAAAUCUUGGUAAAAUUAUAAAGUCUGUUCCUGGAAAACUAAUGAAAGAGAAAGGCCAGCAUUUGGAACCUUUCAUCAUGAAUUUCAUUAAUUCUUGUGAAUCUCCAAAGCCUAAACCAAGUAAACCAGAACUGACCAUUCUCAGCCCUACUUCAGAAAACAACAAGAAGCUUUUCAGUGAUCUAUUUAAGAAUAAUGCAAACCGUGCUGAGAAUACAGAAAGAAAGCAAAAUCAGAAUUAUUUUAUGGAGAUGAUGACUGUAGAAGGAGUCUAUGAUUACCUGAUGUAUGUAGGACGGGUGGUUUUCCAAGUUCCUGACUGGCUUCAUCAUCUCUUAAUGGGAACUCGAAUCCUGUUUAAAAAUACCUUGGAAAUGUAUACUGACUACUAUCUUCAUUGUAAACUAGAACAACUAUUUCAGGAGCACCGUUUGGUCUCACUUAUAACACUUCUCAGAGAUGCUGUAUUCUGUGAAAACACUGAACCUCGUUCUCUCCAAGAUAAGCAAAAACGAGCAAAACAGACUUUUGAAGAAAUGAUGAAUUACAUUCCAGAUCUGAUAGUCAAGUGUAUUGGUGAAGAAGCCAAGUAUGAAAGCAUCAGACUUCUAUUUGAUGGCUUACAACAGCCAGUUCUCAAUAAACAGCUGACUUAUGUUUUAUUGGACAUUGUGAUACAAGAACUAUUUCCAGAGCUCAAUAAGGUGAGAAAAAUGUUCUUAGGAGUGUAUCAUUCUGCUUGGGCUUCUAUAACAAAAUACCACAGACUGUGUGGCUCUAACAACAAAUUUAUUUCUCAUAGUUCUGGAGGCUAGAAUCCAAGGGGAAAUUUGGACAUAGAGACAGACAUACAGAGGGAAAAGGAUGUAAAAACAGAGGGAAAAUACCAGCUAUAAGGCAAGGAAUGCCUGAUGCUACCAGAAGCUAGGAGAGGCUUGGAGUAGAUUCUUCACGACAGUCUUCAGAAGGAAACAACCUUGCCAACUUGAUCUCAGGCUUCUGACCUCCAGAAGGGUGAGACUAUAAAUUUUUGUUGUUUAAGCCAUCCAGUUUAUGUCAAUUUAUUACAGCAGGCCCAGAUAACUAAUCAGGAAACUUUCCUAAUUUUGGGAAGUGUAGCCAUGGAUCUAUCCAUGGACCACAGACUCCUCAAGGGAGCAACUUUUCCUAAUGGGCAACUGUUGGCAGUCUCAACUUUCUUCUAAGAAACCCUGCUUAUUCUUUGUUAGAAACUGCUGAAGGCACUUCUGGCACCAAAUGGAUUUAACGGAUCCAUUUGAUCAAGACAGAACAAUUGGUUUAUUUAUCAAUAUGCCUGAAGAAGAUUCUUAGAUGCACAGCCAGUUCAGACAAAUUACUUAAAUCCCCAACAUUGUCCAACUUGGGCAUUUUUAUUUUUAGUAAACAACUACAAGCCUCAAAACAAUUUCUACAUUAGAUUCUGUAUAUGAAAGCCAGAAAAUAUAAGAGUAUUAUUUAAAAUAUCCUUUAUUUACUGUUUUCUCUUAUCUAAAAAUUGCAUGCAUUUUUCUUCUUGUUGUUUUGGCUGAAAAGGGGGCUAGGGAAGGUUAUCAAAUGGCAAGGGACUUAUGAUCAAGAGAAAUGAUACCAGUGAUAAACCAUCAAAAGUUUUCCUUCAGUUGUAUUGUCCCAGGUUAUAAUGUUUGCUUGAGAGAAGAAAUAACUACCAAAGACAAGGAGCAUAUCUUCAGUUUUAUUGCACAAUUGAAUCUACAGCUGUAAAGUGUUUGAGGUCAUUUCUUAAACCACUGCACAAUAUAUGCACAUAUAUUUAGAAAACUUACAAAAAUGUUCUUUAAAAAUUUGUGCUCUAAUAGGAUUCAUUGUAUUUUACUGGCCAAGCAUAAAAGUAUACUCCAAAUGCACCUUUCUCUAAUUUUCCUCUUCCAAUCCUAUUGACAUUUGCUUAUAGCUAAUCUGUAUAUGCAUAGAACUGAGGGCAUUAUUUUACUGCAGCAGCCUUUUUAAAGAUGUUAUAAAAUUUUUAAAGUAUAUUUUGUAUCAGUACUUAAUAUUUGUAAACAUUAACAAACACUCCCUCUCCAAACCUCUAGCUGCUGUUUGCUCACCAUUUUUUUUUUUCAUUUAUUAUUUCUGAGAGAGAGAGAGAAAGCAUAUACAGGGGAAGGGACAGAGAGAGGAGAGAGAGGAUCUAAAGAA